AUGCCCAGUCUCGCCGCCCUCACAAUCUAUUUCUUCGGGUUCACGGCCCUCCACCACGGGGUCAGCAACCUGAUCUGGCCGAAGCAGGCCCUCGCCGCCAGGAAGCUGCCCGAGGCGGCCCUCCCCGCGCUCAACGCCUUCUCCAUCACGGCCAUCGGCAUCGGCAUCUACUACAUCCUGGGGGCAUACCAGGAGAACCGCGCCUUCUUCGCCCUGACGCUCGCCCGCUUCGUGUCCACGGCCAUCUUUUGGGCGCAGGGCCCGGCCUGGCAGGGGAUUGCCAGGUUUGAGGGUAUCUCGGCUGUCGUCACCGGGCUUGCGCUUCUUUACGAGGGCUAG